UGGAAAAACGAACGAAAACGGUGUAGUAGUAUUGUGUCUGUAUCGUUGCUAUAGUGAUCAAGGUGAUUGUUAUGUUCAUUCUGUUUUGAAAAGUAGAAGGUGUGAAAAAUGGAUAUCAAUCCGGCAGAAUAUUAUGUUGUACACAUGGACGAUGGGACGUUGGUGGAGAUGAACGGAUACGUCCAUCUCUGCAACAAAGAAUCCCAUCAAAUGGUCGAGGUAAGGUACGAAGAUGCUGCUAGAUUCUAUGGGUUACCUCCGCUGGUUGAAGAAUCACCCGUAGCUGAAAAAUCAGCCAAAUCAUGGACCGACGGACAGACGAAGUUGAUGCUCUCGCUCUACCGCGACAAAAUGGAGGAGGUGGGUCCACUAAAAAAAUUUAAGUCCAAAAAACAGUUAUGGACAAGUAUUAAGCAAGGCAUGGAAGAAAAAAUUGGUCCGAUGUUCAACGAGAGGCAGAUUGAAAAUAGAUACAAAACUCUGACCCGGCGGCAUCGAGCAACCGUCACACAUAAUAAAGUAUCAGGAAACACACUCGAGAAGGCGGCCUAUUUCGGUGAGUUAUCCGACAUAGCGGCCUUAGAUGACUCGUUGGAGCCAGAAAUCCUUAUGGACACAAACUCUAUCAGGCAGAAGACAACAAACGACACCAUGUCCGAAACGAUCACGAUAGCGACAACAGCAGGAGGCAGCACUCCCUCGACGUCUCAUGGUAAUGGUUCCGCGGGUAGUAGUGGCAGAAAACGAAGCCAGCGUAACAACGUCCAGUGGCAGCUACUAGAGGCAUAUAAAGAGGCGCAGGAAGCCAAAAAACAACGCCACAUCGAACGAAUGGUGAAAAUAGACAAACUGACUGAUAUACUUGGAGCAAUGGCGCAAAGGAACGAUUCAUCUUUUUGAAUUUAAAAAAUGAUUCUAUAACAAUUGACCGAACACUAGUAACUAAAAAAUAAAACGCUUAAGCUUU